GCCCGCGGCCAGAGCGAAGCUCGGGUGUCCUGCGCUGGCGGAGGCGUGGCGGGCCGGAGCGGGCGGGAAUGGGGGUCACUGUGGACGUGCACCAGGUGUACAAGUACCCCUUCGAGCAGGUGGUCGCCAGCUUCCUCCGAAAGUACCCCAACCCCAUGGAUAAAAAUGUCAUCUCUGUCAGAACUGUGGAGGAAAGACGAGAUGUAUCAACAGGAGUCGUCUAUAGAAAGAGGAUAGCAAUCUGUCGAAAUGUGGUUCCAGAAAUUUUAAGGAAGGUGAGCAUUUUAAAGGUGCCCGACAUCCAGUUAGAAGAGGAGUCGUGGCUCAAUCCUCAGGAGAGAAACAUGGCUAUACAGAGUCACUGCCUUACGUGGACCCAGUAUGCAUCCAUGAAGGAAGAGUCUGUCUUUCGAGAAAGUGUGGAGAAUCCAAAUUGGACAGAGUUCAUUCAGAGAGGCAGGAUUUCAAUCACGGGGGCUGGCUUUCUCAACUGCAUUUUGGAAACGUUUGCAGGCACAUUCUUGAGACAGGGAGCCCAGAAGGUAGCUACCUCUCUCUGCCCAUGCCAGCAGUGGAGGGUGCCCUGACUGUAUUUUUCUCAGGUCCGUAUGGAAGAGGGAGUGCUGUAUGUACAUAUGUUCUGCACUCUGGCCACUGCCGCUGCUCGGUGUGCCCUGAGGGGCUUUCCCUCAACCUCGGAGGCAUUCCCCUGUCUCUUGACUGGUCAUAUUCUCUGUCUCUCUGUCCUGAUUCACGUUCUGGUGGACAGUUUUGACCCAAGAUGGCCAACAGAAGGUGGGUGGAAAGUGUUGAAAAAGUGCCACCAUGUACAAGUAGCACGCUGGGUGCCAAGUGUGCAUUUUAACAUGCCUGGAGAUAAGGAAGCGCAUUCAAACCAGACCAAGGAAACAGGGAGGAAGACGGGAAGGAAAAUAGGGUUCAGUGGCAGUCUGGGACACGUGAAAGGCUUCACACUCAUUUCUGCAGCUCGGGGAGUAGCCAGCAACUGUGAAGCAGGAAGGGGAGGAACGUAGACCAGAGACAAGUCUGACCUGGGGACAUUCCCUGGGGCAGGCGUGUCUCCGGUGCUUCCACUUUGGGGAAGGCAUUGAUUUCUUAGGCCAGUGUUGCUCAACCUUUUCCCCAUUAUUACCCAAUCCCCCCACUAGGAACCUUUUAAGACAGUUUUUUUCCCUAACUGCACCCCCUCAUGAAAUUUUAAUACCAUAGGUAUGUGGAUUACCUGUUUAUAUACUGUAUUAUGUCUUUGCAUUAUACACAAAAAGUGUUAGAUAUUUUUCACUCCCAAGAACAAAUUGUCACCUCGUUUUGAUAGUGUACCCAUUGAGAAAGUAUGCUUUACGGUGCGCUGGGUAUAACUAUCUUUUGGAGUUUUUGCCUCCAUCUCCUCAAAUCAAAACAGAAUAUUCAUUAGUUCUCCCUCUCCCUCCAAAAAAAAUUCCAAACCAAAAUUAAAAGAACUUUUGGGUGAACUCUGUGUCAUUCUUGGCAAGCCCCACAUUUUACUUUUCUGGGAGAGGCUGAAAUGGGUUAAACAUAGAGAAGAGACUGGUGGUUGCCAGAGGGGAGGGAGGUGUGGGGACCGGGUGAGAAAGUUGAAGGACUUGAGAAGUGCAGAUUGGCCACUACAGAAUGUCACGGGGACGUGAACCGUAGCGUGGGGGAGAUGAUCAGUAACAUGGUAACGCCUGUGUGUGGUGCCGGUUGGGUAACAGAAAUUCCGAGGUGCACAAUUGGUAGGGUGUUUGAUUGUCUAGCCACUGUGCUGUCCAUCUGAAACUAAUAUAUCAUAAUAUUGAAUAUAAAUUAUAAUUGAAAAAUUUUUAAAAAUUUCAAAAAAGAUACAUCCUGAGUGAUGCCAACCCUGUCAGGCGAGCAUUCCCUUUUGCCCGUUGUCUGAGCACUCAGAGACAACUACAAACGCUGCCAACAGUGCGGGGCUCUCGUUUGGCCCUUGCACGGAGGUUCCUUUUCCUUCCUUUUUUUUUUUUUUAAGUUUGCAGAAUACAUUGUCAGUGCAUGAUAAAAUAAUUCGUUAUUUCAGCCACCCUCCUGGCAAAGCCCCAUCAUUAGUUCCAUCGUUAUGCUUAUUGUGUUGUUUGGGAGGCUGAAGCAGGGGAAGACGGAAUGCAAACACGUGUGAAAUGUUUGCCAAUGAAACAAUGUAGGCAAGCCAAACAGUCUGAACUUCGCCUUUGAAGAAGGUCUGGUUUAGACAUGCUGUAGCUGAAGAGAUCUGAACACACCGCUCCCUUAGGGUGUGUGCUUGUUUGAGCCUUCACAAAAAUCUGUUUUAAUAGUGGGAGAAAACUCCCUGAGACAGAAGAUACUACACUUGCAUGUGUCUGUGUGUAUUUAUAUAUAUACACACAAGGACAUAAAUACCAGGAGACAGGGAUCCCUGGGAACCACGUCAGAACCGCCUGCUCUCCUGACCUAAGAUAAUUUGUGUGCUAAGUUGUAUAGACCAGUGUUCCGUUCUUUUUGGUGCGUAUUGGGAAUUGAUGAUAAUCUGAGGUCAAGGAGGGUCAGCUGCAACACAAGCAGACAUUUCAUUAUUUAUUUAUUUGCAAAUGGGCAUUAAAUAGUUGAUCUGUUGUGUAAGCUGUGUUAAGUCUCUGUCCUUCUGGGUGCUCUGACCGUGAAUCGCAUGAACCGUUCUCUGAAGUCUCGCAUGAGCUGACAGUAUUCCAAAGGCAAAGUUCAAAGGCUAUUUCACACAUAGUGUCAGGCAGCCAGACUCUUCAGGAUCCUGUGGCUGGCCCCAGGACCCUUUUGUUUAGACUUAUGGCAGCGUGGGCGGUAUGCGGUAAAGUUGGCUGGUAAAGGGCUUGCUGGGUAGAGUGUUGCAGCCUGAUUUUGCAAGGAUGGGUGUGUCUCUAGAAUUUAGAGCUUAUCUCUAUUAUCUUAAGUCACACUAAUUAAGUUAAUGAGAGUCGAUUUCUAACACUCAUUAUGCUGGUUAGCAAGCCACUGAUUUCACCAGUGAAAAUUCCAGUUUUAACAUUCCUUAUGCUAAUUAUCCAAACUUCUGCUGUUGGAGAGGGAGGUUGUUAAUUAGAAUGAUCAUAGCCAACCCCGGAAGUGCAAAGCCGCCUGCACGAGGGCGCCUGACUCCCCGGGGUAUCAGGGGAACUGACACAUGGAUUGUAACAUGAGACUGCGUGUGCUGACAUAUUUUGAAGCCGAUUAUAGACAUCCUAAUACUCAUAUAUACCAGAUAUCAACUCCUGAACGAAAAGCCUAGUGUGUUCUGCCUUUAGAAAGAUUAUUUUGUGUGAAACAAGUUUUCGACUGUGUGUUUAACACAGAGAUCGACUGUGAAAUUCCAGAGCAGUGCCUCUUGGCCUGUGUCUGGUUUUCUCACAUCCCAGGUGUCACGCUUGACAUCCAGAACCAUGGAUUGACUCAUCUGUGAAAUUCAGUGAUAAUAGUCUUCCUUCAUGGGGUUGUUUGAAGGAUUCAGUGAGGACACAUACAUGAAACAUGCCUGGCACACAGAAAAACUCCAAUGAUUAUUGGUGUUUAGAGUUCUGAUGAAAAGAAUAUUUUUAUGAGUAAAUAGCCUUAAUGCUGAUAUGAACAAACAUUGUAGAUAACAGCAGUAUAGGUGAAGUUUAUGGGGUUUUUUUUGAAAAUUCAUUUAACAUUUUGGUAGAGAUCCUUCCAUGUGUCUCUGUGUAUAUUUGCAUAUAUAUAUAUGUAUAUGCACCUUUUUUUUUGAGAAACAAGUCGGAUCAUUCUGUUCAUUAGCCCAACUUUGUCAUUUAUGGACAUUUUGUAAACAUUUUUCUGUGCCAUUACAUGUUCCUUGAAAACAUGCUUUUUGAUGACUUCAUAAUACUCCAUUAGCAUACCAUCUCUUAUUGUUGAUUUCUAUUUUUUUUUGCUAUUACAAAUAUUAUUGUGGUAAGUCUGGGAAUAUAAAUACUUCUGUAUAUUUCUGAUCACUUUCCAGGUGAAAGCGCGUUUUUAAGACCUUUGAUACAUGUCACCAAACUUCCUCCCCAAUAAUUCUGCCAGGUUAUAGCUUCCACCACGAGCAGACUCCGGUAUCGCAGUGUUCCUGCUGUGUGACUACAUGAGUGAUUUAACCUCCUAGAACUUCCAUUUGUUGUCAGGAAAGCAGGGCUCAUUAUUCUACCCUCGGAGGAUUCUCGUGAACAAGAAAUGAAAUAGCUCCAGUCUUCUGAUUUCUGCUCCCAAGACAUUAACAGUUCGUGCUUCUGUCCUCACCUAGUUGUUGGAUCUCAGCCCUUCUCCAGGUUUUUAGUUGUGUUACCGGGGACCAGUUGCCCUGAGCUCCUCAGUUCCCUACUGUCAGUGAAAUGUCUAGUGUGUGCACCGUGCCUGGUUGUCACAGCGCUAAGAAAGAGAGGCCGUUUCAGGAUCCUAAGAGUCCAAGGAGCCAAUAAAACUCAUUCAGAAGAAAAAAUAAAAGUCGCAAGUCUGACAUAAGAACACCAGUGGGAGAUUCUGCUGACUACAUAUUGGAAACUUGUGUCCUGCUUGGUUACGUGAAUUAUUUCAAGAUUCUUCCCAUUACUUGGACUGCUAGAAAGAACCGAUGAAAUAAGUUCUGUCCCUCUAGGUCCAGAGGGUGUAUGUAUUUCCUAGCUCUCAAUUUACGUCUGUUGAUAAUACUUUUUAAUCCCACUCUUGAGUGCUCAAAUAGAUUGAUUUACUUGAUAUUUAUUCAUUAGAUGCUGAGGAUAUUACCAAGAAUUCUGAUGUCUAACCAUUUAUUUCUGGCUCAGUUACAUAAGAGCAUCUGUCCUCUUUUUACAAAUUCCCCUCCCCGUCAGCUCAGCUCAUCCUGCUGUUUCCUCUGGAGUUUCAGUCCUGAGCAGUGUAGUCCUUGCAGUGAAAACAUCUUGGUGAAACUGAGCAUUCUGUGAGUGAUACAGUUUUUGUUCCUUCCGCUGAGUUUAAAUCAAUACCUUAACUUGACUAUGAGACUUAGGAAUCCAAAACCCCUCAGUGGCUCAUUUGAAUUCAUUGGGGUUGUAACGGGCUGCUCAGUGGUAAAGCUUUCAGGAAUCCCUUCAAUCAGCCAGCUACCAUGCGGGGACUUUGCCUGCUACGAAACUAGAUGAAACCUGGGAAGUUAAGCUCUUACUUGAAAUGACAGAAAGUGGCUUCCUGAGCUCUAUGUCAUUAUUUGAGUAGCGACUGGACAUCAUGUCUCUGCAAAGUGCAUUGAGGGGCGAGCUGCCCUGAACUUCACUAUCAUUUUUUUUUGUUAAGUCAGGGAUUAAAUUAGGAGAUCAUUUUCAAUUCUGAUGUAUGAUUUUUUUUUUCAGCCCACCCUCUCUUCUCCCAGUGUGUAAAUACCAAGAUUUUAAAAAUUUGCCUGAGAAGUAAUCUUUAAUCGUGCACAAAAAAAUUCAGGAGUUUAAGAUAAGUGUGCAUCCAAGAAUGCCAGAGAUAAUUCAUGUAACAAGUAAAUGGCUUGAGCUGGCAAUAAAAUAUUUAAAAGAAGAAAUAUACUUUCAUAAAAUACUUGUUAGGAAGAGGGGGUGGUAAGCAUAUGGUAAGACUGUAAGAAUUUCAUUGAGAAUCCUAUUCAUGUAAGCUAAAUAAAUUGCACAUUGCAAAGAUUUGUAGAUAUUGUCGGGUGCCUUUGAAGUUUUAGUGCCCAGUAAUAGAUAUGUUGGCUUAUUUUUAAUCCAUGCCUUCUGUAGGCACAGACUGUUCUGGAAACUUUGGAGAAAGCCAGAUAUAAUAAUAAUAGUAGCUACAAUGUAUUGAGUGUUUACUGUGAGCCCAGCACCUCACUGUUUCACGAGCACCGAGUUCUCCCAGUAGCCCUCUGAGUGAGAGAUCGUUGUUAUUCCCACGUUGCCUUUUCACAGAUGGGGAAAUGAAGGGACACAGAGGUUAGAUUACUUGCACCGGGACAUUAGCCAGUAUGUGGCAGAGCUGGAGUUCCUGGUGGUCUGACCUCAGAGCUAACCCUCUGAACUAGCCUGUACUUUGACCCCUUGACCUAGAGGACAAACAAAAUCCUUUGCCCAAAAAGCUUGGGUGGGGAGACAAGACAAAUGCGUGACUCGUUUUCGUAGUACUUAACUGUGACUGUUACUUCCCUGUUGCUCUUGUAACCAACUGGGUGUCUUUGGAGACUUGGGAGCCAUGUUCUCUCCACCAUUCUGGGUAGAAUUUCCAACCAGCCUGUUACUUUUCUCAGCCUGUUCUUGCUCUCUGUUAUGCUAAAUUCAAACACAGAGACAAUGGAAAAUAGGAGUUUGUGGCCACUAUAAAUCUACACACAACUUGUAUAAACCUAAGGCAGGCACGGAAUUGAAAACUGAAAUAGCUCUGCACAGGCUGCACUGAAAUACCAGAAAAAAUAGAGGCUGCGCCUGCAGAUUGUAUGGGCUAAGUACUUAGUACAUCGGAGGCACAGAUCUUUUGUGGCUCAGAUCUAUUGUGGGAUUGGGCUGGGAUACAGCUAGGCUCUUUGUGCUAAAUUGAGGCUCUUAGUUUGACAAACUAAGGCCAGGAAAAGGUCGUUCAGGCAUCUCUGCUCAGGGAUUAAUACAGAAUUCUGGGGAGAACAACUUGAAUUGCAAAGGGAGUUUCAUUUCUUAAAGGUACACCCAUCACCAGUUCAAGUUCAGUUGUGUGUGAAGCCCCGCGGCAUGCGAAUUAAACGCUCCUCUGGCCCUCUGAGGGGCCAGACGUUCCCCUGGAUUGUUCCACCCCUGUCUGUGACUCCGUGUUCUGUCUCCCCCUCUCCUGUAGAAUUUCAUCUCUUGCUGAAGGCCCGCUUUGGUUGUGUGCACUUUCUGUGGGACUCGGGACUCCAGGCAGCGCCGGUGCCAGGUGACUGGGAGGAGGUGGGGAUGCCUGCUGGUUAAGCGGCAGGAAGCCUUGUGUCUCAUGCACCCAGGUUGGCUAAGACAACACUUUCAGGUUUUUCUGAUUCCCUUUUACUGCCUGGGGUGUGACCCCUUAUUCUUUGCUUAGCUUUCUUCCUUAGAUUCUAACUAAACUCUUUUUUUUUAAUUUUUCUCUGAAUUUCUUUAGGAAAAGAAAAUGAUGGCUUUUGGGGAGUUAAUUAACUCCUUUCAUACUGACACCCAGUUUAAUAAGAAUUUAAAGGCUCUAAUUAAAAAUUUUCCUCAUCAGUGGCCUUUGGCGGGGAUGUAGCUUUUGUUACUUUUAACAAAGACAUUAACUCUUGUUUAAGACCACCGUUUUUCCUAGUCUCUGUACUUCUUGAUGUGUUUGAAGUAUUUCAUAAUUAAAAACCCUGCUGCAUUCCUCCCCCAAAACAUAUUUUUUAAAUUUUAUUAUAGUUGUGUUUGACUAGGUCCUGCUCACACGUAAAUGUAAAUUGUAUUUCCAGGAGAGCCAGGCGUGUUCUUUUGCACGAGUUCUCUUUGAAACCAGCAGAACGCUCCGCACUGGUCGGCUCUGUGACCUCGGGCAAGCCAAGCGAUGCUUUGAACCUCCCUGCCCGCCUCUGUAAAGUAAGGACAGUAUUCCAGCUGACUGCAGAGAGGACUCGUGAGGAGCAAAUGGGUCUCCUGCCUGAAGCAUGGAGGGCAGGACUUGGCACGCAGUGAAUGACCAGUUGUUUAAAAAGAAAAAUGCAACGGAGUUAUAAGCAACAGCUUGUUUUUCCCUUUGUGACGCUGACAGAUCCUUCGUGGUUAUCACGAGCCUGUGUUUGGAGCCAGCACAGUCUGAGUGUAAACCUCAGCGCUGUCCUGCAGAGAGUGUGUGCGAAUUUGACCUCAUUGUAGGUGAAAUGUGGACAACGGUACCUACCUUAUGAAUAGGAACAUUAGAGGAAAUUGUGUAAAGAAGUGCUUAAAAUACUUUGGUGCACAAUAAACACUCCAUAAACGAUAAUUAUCUUUCCAUUAUGACUCAAAUUGGCAUAUUUCCCUCUGGGCUUUCAAAUGCAAAUUUUAAACCCUCAGCAUUACAGCAUAAGUACAAUUUCAUGUCUUGCUUUUCUGCAAGUAAUACUUUAUUACAAACGUCUUUCGCAGUAACUACACAAACUUCAAAGCCAUCAUGUUAAUGACUGCAUAAUAUUUCAUUAAGUAGUUAUAUAGUAGUUGAUUUGACCGUUCCUUUUGUAUUACAUGUUGAAGUUAUUUCCAAGUUUUACCAGUGUGAGACCACAUGAAACAUCUUCAUACACAGAGCCCUUCGUAUUUUGGAUCUUUCCCUUAGAAAAGGUUCCAUGAAGUACUCUUCUCAGUGUCUAUUUGCAUGAUUCUUUGAAUGUACUCUUCAUCUCCCGCACCGAACCCCAGGCUUCUGCGUGGGCUUGCCACUUUCUCCUCCAUACCUAGCACUUUUUUAAUGAGCGCUCAGUAAAUAUUUAUUGACUUAGUGCACAAAUGCCCAUGUUGUAUUAGUUUCCAAAAACGGUGAGACUUCAUGUUUUCAUUUUAUGAUCUUAAUAAUAGUCUUAAAAGCAGAGAACCGUCCUGUCCAUGGGGGAACUAGAAAAGGGAACAGUAACAGGUACCAUCCCCUGAGCACUGUCUGUCUGUGCCCCAGGGAUGUCUUCAGUACAUCGCAUGCAUGCUCUCUUCCGAUGUGCUCAGCAGCCUCCUGGGUAAGUGCUGCCACCACCGUUUCAUAGACCAGGAGGCGCAGAGCGGGGAGCUGUCUUGUCCGACAUUAGACAGGUGGGGAGCGGUAGAACCCAGAUUCAAACCCGGCAGUUGGGCCCUUGGUCUGAGCGCUUGAUAACAAGGCUGCUUCCCCCCACACCUCACCCUGGUUUUACUUUUCCAGCAGUGAAUCCCUUUACACUUCAGCCUGACACGGUAUUUCCCAGGGAGCCUGAACUUGUUGUCCAGGUUCCAACAAGGUGUGACCCAGAGCUGCCCCUCUUAGCCUGAAGGAUGGAGCAUCGGUCCCAGAGCAACAGCCAGCACUGCUUAGCACGCUGCUUGUUGAACAGGAAUCUCACCCUUGCAGUGCAACAAGGGAAGGAUGUGUGGAUGUAUUUUUAUACGCCUUGGAGUUUUUACUGAAGGGAAGACUUUAUUAGAUUGUUUAACAUCCAAGGCAGCCGGUGGAUUUAGAACAUUGUCCGCGUGGGUCUCAUUAACCCAUGUAGGAGUACCUGGGACCAAGCAUACAAAGGAUGUGAUCCCAGGGAUUACCCGGUGAUGCUUCCCAUUGUUUGUAAUUGAAACGGUAGAGCACCUUUUAAAAAGUUAUCAACUACGUUAUUAUGGCAUUUCUUCAGUUUCUCUGUGAGACCAUAGGAAAUAUAUACGUUGGUCUCUGCCCCCAGCCCCUGGCACAGAGCUUGUAACACUGUCAUAAUAUCCUAAGUCAUACGGGCACUGGGAGCAUCUCUUGUUUUAGUAUUUGUCUUUGACCCUGUCCCUGACACAGGGCUCCUGCCAGCCUUGUGGGUCAUUAGGUGAUACAGUGCCAGGAGCGUCUUUUGUCUGAAUGAGGCGACUCUCAUCCUGGAGGGGGGCUGGUCAGCAGAAAGACCAAGUCACAUCAGAAGCUUGGAAUUUUCAGCCCCAGCCCUCAUCCUCUCAGGAGAGGGGAGGGGCUGGAGAUGGAGUUAGUAACUGGUUGUGCCUCUGUGAGGAAGCCCCCCUAAAAUCCCAUCAGCAUGAGGUUCGGGGAGCUUCCAGGUCGGUGAACAGACCCAUACUGGGAGGGUGACUCGCCCCGACUCCAUAGGGGCAGAAGCUUCUGUGCUCGGGAUCCUCCCGGACCCCACUCUGUGUACCUCUUCUUCUGGCUGUUCAUCUGUGUCCUUCAUUGUAUCCUUUAAUGAACUGGUACGUGUAAGUAAGCGUAUCCCUGAGUGCUGUGAGCUGUUCUGGCAAAUUAAUUGAACCCAAGGAGGGGGCUGUUAGAACCUUCAGUCUCCACCCAGUUGGUCAGAAACACAGGUGAUAACCUGGGCUUGUGGCUAGUGUCCGAAGUCUGUGUGGGGGUCCUGUGGGACUGAGCCUGUGACCUGUGGGGUCUAAUGUUAACUCUGAGUACAUAGUGGCAGAUUGGGUUAGACUGCAGCACACCAGCUGGUGUCAGAUACCUGCUGUUGUUGUGGGGGACCCGCCCCACCUUUGGCGACCAGAAGUGUCAGAAGUGUAGUGUUUGGUGUGAGAAGUAAAGGAGGCUCACAAGGAGAAACAAGCACACAGUAGGGGAAGAGCUGCGUUUUUCCCUGCACAGGGAGGAAACUGAGUUUCUCCAUUUCACUCCGCUUUCCCCUUAUCAGUAUACUGUUGGGCUGGGAAUGAAAAAAAAUUUGUGUCUAUAGAACUGCCAUGUUUUCCCCCUUUUUAAAAUGACUAAACCUUAACAACAGCGGUUGUUUUAUCUUUACACUGCUAUUAGCAUAUAGAUAUUUGAUUGUCUUAGUCAUUUGUAUGUAGCUUUUGUUCUGGAUACUCUGGUUAAUUUGUGAUGGUACAUGCUUGGAAUUU